CUUCGAGACGCUUUUAUUAAAAUAAAGUUUAAUUAUUCUUCCAGCCGCCAGAUGGAGCCAAACUGCGCAGAUCAGCCCGUCUUAAACAGCUUAAAAGAUUUUAUUCAUGCGCGGAAUAAGAUCUUUAAGAUUUAUCUGAGCAGGAUGAGGUCCGAACUUCCUGUGCUCUGACCCUGAGCUCACCUUUCACCCAGGGACAGGUGAGCAAAACUAGCCAAACCAUAAUAAUUAAUAACUGGAGCUGUGUCAUGUGUUACACGGAUCCACGCCCCAACUCCAGCUCUGACGUCACACCUGGCAGCGGGACUUUUCCUGCUCUUAUUUUGAAGUGAGGAGCGGAAGUUGGGCGUGCUGGGGUUGGAGCGGAGCCGCGAGGAGAAGCAGCAGCAGGACAGGAGACACGCGCCGCGAGGAGAAGGACACGAGACACAAACUACAGGAUGGAUGGAAGCGGCGCGGCAGGAAAUCCCGGCGCUGCCUCGUGUGACUCACUUCCUGCCCCCGCUGACCAGAACCCGCUGCAUCCAGACUCACAGAACCAGAGUCCAACAGGGACAGCAGAACCACCAAAACCAGGGUGUUCUACAGAACAACACCCAGAUCCUCUUUGUUCUGCCCAGCAGGAACUGACAGAGGAACCUCCUUCAAAGCCCGGUACUCUUUGUUCUGUGCACAAGGAACCAGGAGGUUCUACAGAAGGUCCCACAGAUCAGGAAGCUGAAGAAGAACCUCCUCCUGGUACCGCUGAGGUUCUGACUGCAGGAGCAGAGGACUUUAAAGACCUGCAGGACCACCAGGAACCAGGCGAACUCCACCAGGACCUCCAGAACCCAGCUUCUCACCAGAACCCUCAGACUUCUCCUCCGUCUGGGAAUCUGCCUGCAGGACCAGAGGAGAUCUGGACGGAGGGGCUUGAUGAUCUUCCUCCUUCCUCUGAGGAUCCACCCGACCCAAAGCAACAGCUCCUAAACCAGCAGAACCAGCAGAACCAGCAGAACCUUGAACAAGUCCCUGGACCCGGGGAACGUCAGGACAUGCAGGGCCCUGCGCCGUAUCUGGAUCAGGUUCCUGUGGACCCUCAGAACCACCUGCCUCCCCCCUCCCUCUCUGUGGAUGUGGCUCCGCCCCUCACCAUUGAGGCCUUCUGCCACCAGGUGGCGCCGCGCCCCCCCGGCUCUUCUUCAGGUGAGCCUAAACUGUGUGGCUACCUGCAGAAGCAGGCGGGGCCCCUGAGGGCCUGGAAGCUGCGCUGGUUCUCCUACGAGGAGAAGAAGAACCAGCUGUUCUACUACCGCACGCCGCAGGACGUGAUGCCGCUCGGCCGGGUGGAGCUCAGCGGCGCCACCUUCACCUACCCUCUGAAGGCCGAGAGCGGCACCUUCCACAUCAAGACGCCGGAGCGCACCUUCAUCCUUAAGGCGGUGAGCCAGGAGCUGAUGCUCUACUGGCUGCAGCAGCUGCAGGUGAGGCGCUGGCACCACCAACAGAACUCCACCUGUUCACAGCAAGCCAACAACAACAACAACAUGACAGAUCACUUCCUGCCGGUCCUAAAGAGUCCCGUGGGUCUGGUGGGGCAGGAGGCGGCCAUCGCUCCGACUCAGCGCACGCCACUCGCCAGCAUGUCCAUCAAACACCCGCUCAUCCAGAUCCAGAACUCGGUCCAUAGUCUGAGGAAGAGAACCUCUCAGGACUCCAGUCAGACCCUGUUCUACUCAGACGUUCUGCCAUGGAUCGGUUCCUCUGAGCCGACAGAGAACAGCGCCACCACAGACUCCAGAGAACGUCCCGCUGAGGCCCCGCCCCCCCCUGAGCCCGCGGGCGACCCGGCGGCCCAGGCGCGCGGCGCAGAGAGCGGCGGGUCUGCGGCGGCGGCAGACGGCCGCAGCAGGAGGACCGGCGGCGCGUCCACCAUGCCGGCGUCUCGCAGGGACACGUCUUCGUCCUCGGAGCGAGCGGCGCGGCUGCAGCAGGAGAAGCAGAUGUUGGUGGAGGAGGUCAGAGCUCAGAAGGAGCUGGUCUGGAUCCUCCACAAAGCCCUGGAGGCGGCGCAGCUGGAGAAGAGGACCUGCGCAGAGUUUGUGGCGGUGGCGGACGAGCAGCAGCGCCUGGAGCUGCUGCGGCACCGCGAGCGGCAGGCGGCGGACCUGCGGGGCCGGCUGGAGGAGUCCAGGGUGGAGGCGGAGUCUCUGAGGCGGAGCCUGGCCGACAGAGACGCCCGGCUGGCUGAGCAGCAGGACGACAUCCGGCUGCUGACGGAGAAGAACGCGGCCAAGCAGCAGGUGAUCAUCAAGCUCUCUGAUCACAUGACCUCCUGCCUGGCCGACCCACGGCAGUCCGACUCCCCUGGAAGCGUCCAGAACCCUCAGAACCAGCAGCAGCUUCAGCAGCAGAUCGAGAACCUCAAGGACGACAUGGAGGCGUAUAAAACCCAGAACAAGUUCCUGAACUCAGAGAUCUACCAGCUGACCAAGCUGUGGAGGAAGAGCUCGGAGCAGGAGAGGAGCCUGAUGGUGAAGUGUGCGUACCUGGAGGCCACUAACUGCCAGAUGGAGAGCCGGUACCUGGGCGUCCUGCGGAAGCUGCAGGAGGCCAAAUCUCUGGCUCCGGAGCAGCAGGAGGCCGUGCAGAAGAUGAUUGAGGAGGCUCUGAGAGGAGAGCUGAAGAGCAUCAUGAAGCUCAGCUCAGACAGGGAGUACGACGAGUACGGCUUUAAGAUCAUGUCUGACUACGAGGUGGAGGACAUGAAGCUGCUGGCCAAGAUCCAGGCGCUGGAGAUCCGAUCCCACAACCUUCUGCACCAGGAUAGAGCGGAGCGCCCCCUGCUGGGCCGCUGGGCGCAGUACCUGGCCGGCCGCUCCGAGGACGACCUGUGUCCCUCUCCUGAGCUCAAAGCUUUGCUGCGCGGCGGCGUGCCUCGGGAAUACCGGCAAAGAGUGUGGCGCUGGCUGGUCCGGACCAGAACCAGAACCCUGUGGGAGCACCAUCCUCAGCGGUAUCAGCAGCUGUGCGAGAAGAGCCGGACUUCGCCCCACCCAGCUUCCAGGCAGAUCCAACUGGACCUCCACAGAACCCUGACAACCAAUCAGAACUUCUCCUCACCGUCCAGCCCCGCCCUCCAGCAGCUGCGCCGCAUCCUGUUGGCCUUCUCCUGGCAGAACCCGGCGGUCGGGUACUGCCAGGGACUAAACAGGUUAGCGGCCAUCGCUCUGCUUGUCCUGCAGAACGAAGAGGACGCCUUCUGGUGUCUGGUGGCUGUGGUGGAGGUCAUCAUGCCUCAGGACUACUACACCAAGGACCUGGUGGCCUCUCAGGCUGAUCAGCGGGUGCUAAAGGACUUCAUGGCAGAGAAGCUUCCCCGCCUGGCGGCUCACUUUGAGGCUCACAGCAUCGACGUCUCGCUGAUCACCUUCAACUGGUUCCUGGUGGUCUUUGUGGAGAGUCUGCCCAGUGACAUGCUGCUGCCGGUGUGGGACGCCUUCCUGUACGAGGGCACCAAGGUGAUCUUCAGGUAUGCUCUGGCUCUCUUCAAAUACAAAGAAGAAGACCUGCUGAAGAUCCAAGAUGGUGUGGAGAUCUACCAGUACCUGCGCUUCUUCACCAAGACCAUCUCUGACAGCAGGAAGCUGACCUCCAUUGCCUUCAAUGACAUGAACCCAUUUCCCCGCCGCCUGCUGAGGAACCGCCGCGCACUGCACCUGGAGCGCCUGCAGGGGGAGCUGCGGGAGCUGGAGGAACAGCAGAAGGAGUUUGUGACGGAAAACGCCGAGCGGAAAGACAAGGAGCUGGAAAUGGUGAGCGAAGACGAUGAUGAACCUUAACGGGAGGAAACCAUCCGCUCAGACUGGGAACCGACAAGCAUCCCUAAAUCAGCUGCUGCCUGCUGGUGCCUGCUGGUGCCUGCUGAUACCUGCUGGUACCUGCUGAUACCUGCUGGUACCUGCUGAU